CGGAAUUUGGGAAGCGGGGUUGGGGACAUUGCCUUUCAUUCAUGGUCUCAAUGAAGCCUUCGAAGCAGACUUGCCUGUCACCAAUUUGACAUUCUCAUUCGUCUUGCGUGUGCCUCCGCGUCGUUCGUAUCACAGACUCUCGUCUACGAAAGUGAAGGAAACGAUCGACUGAUUCUGGAGGCGGAGACAUCGGUCGCUCCCUGUCAUCGAGGGAAUAAGAAUUCAUCUCGAUGGCGGCAGUUGUAGCAGCACGCCACCAGAUUGACCUGGUGGAAUGUAUUGAUUGGGUGGGCGUCGAGUGUUUGAAUGAGAAGUCUGAUCGGACUUUCAUCAACGUUUUGAAACAGGGUUACAGGGACGAUAAUGGUCUACAGCUUGAAAGCGAUACUGAUGAGCAACUGCUGAUUUACAUUCCUUUCAAUCAAGUUGUGAAGCUUCACUCUUUGAUCAUUAGAGCACCAGCCGAAGAGGGUCCAAAAACUGUGAAGUUAUUCGCAAACAGGCAAAAUAUGGGUUUUGGGAAUGUGGGUGAUUUUCCACCAAGUGAUGUUUUGACUUUAACACCUGAACAACUCCAGGGAAAGCCUGUCUUGCUGAAGUAUGUAAAGUUUCAACACGUGAGAAGUUUGACCGUAUUUAUUGAGGACAAUCAAAGUGGGGCUGAAGAAACAAAAGUACAAAAGCUUGCUAUAGUUGGAAGCACAGUGGAAACAACCAACAUGAGCGAAUUGAAGAAAGUUGGCAACAGCUGAUCGAAAACUCAUUAGACGAAAUUUUGGAAUGUAAAAAUCAAGUGAAUUUCAACUCCUGAUUCUUCCUUUGGCAUGAGAUUUUGUUACUGUUGUGCAGUCGCUUGGGUCUUGUAUCAAUAAAUAUAUGGACUUCUUUCAGGGAGGGAACACCAUCAUUGUAUUAUCAGCCUAAUGUCACCUGUCAUAUGUACCCAAUUGCAGUUCGAUAGAAGCCUCCCAUUCGUUAAGGAGGUAGUAGGCUUCACCUUGCUUUCGAAAUCUCUCUCGCUGGAGUUAAGUCUUGGACAUGAGAGCAUAUGCAUCAAGCCCUUCAUGUGAAAAAAAUUACUACGGACAUGUAGGUUGUUAAAAGAGGUCCAUCUGAUGACACAUGCUUAAGUUUCAAACACUUUGACAUUUUUUACUAACUUUACCAGUAAACCGUUCACCACAAACUGG